GCGGCUGAGACCGCAGCGGCCGCGGCGGAGGCGGUUGCUGCGCCCGGUACUGCGGUCGCUGCCUGAGGCGCAGGCGCCGUGGGCUCAGCCCGCCCGGGCCUUGCAACGCUGUGGGUUCGUCAUGGCGACCCAGCAGAGGCCUUUCCACCUGGUGGUGUUCGGCGCUUCUGGCUUUACCGGCCAGUUCGUGACCGAGGAGGUGGCGCGGGAGCAGGUGUCCCCAGAGCGGACCUCCCAUCUGCCCUGGGCCGUGGCGGGCCGUUGCCGGGAGAAGCUGCUGCGAGUGCUGGAGCGGGCUGCCAUGAAGCUGGGAAGACCAACACUGUCAUCUGAAGUUGGAAUAAUAAUUUGUGAUAUCACUAAUCCAGCCUCACUUGAUGAAAUGGCUAAACAGGCAACAGUUGUCCUCAACUGUGUAGGCCCAUACCGAUUUUAUGGAGAACCUGUAAUAAAAGCAUGUAUUGAAAAUGGAACUAGCUGUAUUGACAUCUCUGGAGAACCUCAGUUUCUGGAACUAAUGUAUUGGAAGUAUCAUGAGAAAGCUGCAGAAAAGGGGGUUUAUAUCAUUGGAAGCAGUGGCUUUGACUCCAUUCCAGCAGAUCUGGGAGUAAUAUAUACCAGAAAUAAAAUGAAUGGUACACUCACUGCUGUGGAAAGUUUCCUGACCAUACGGUCAGGGCCUGAGGGGUUGUGCAUUCAUGAUGGUACCUGGAAGUCAGCAGUUUAUGGUUUUGGAGAUAAGAGUAAUUUGAAAAAACUACGAAAUGAGUCAGAUAUGAAGCCUGUCCCAAUUGUUGGACCAAAAUUGAAAAGAAGGUGGCCAAUUUCUUACUGCAGAGAACUCAACAGUUAUUCCAUUCCUUUCUUGGGAGCAGAUGUGUCUGUUGUAAAGCGAACUCAGCGUUACUUGCAUGAAAAUUUAGAGCAGUCACCUGUUCAGUAUGCUGCUUAUGUAACUGUGGGAGGCAUCACUUCUGUUAUUAAGCUGAUGUUUGCUGGACUCUUCUUUUUAUUCUUUGUGAGGUUUGGCAUUGGAAGGCAACUUCUCAUAAAAUUCCCAUGGCUCUUCUCCUUUGGUUAUUUUUCAAAACAAGGUCCAACACAAAAACAGAUUGAUGCCUCAUCAUUUACGAUGACAUUUUUUGGUCAAGGAUUCAGCCAAGACAUUUCUCCUGUUAAGAACAAACCAAAUAUCAGAAUUUGUACUCAGGUGAAAGGACCAGAAGCUGGCUAUGUAACUACCCCCAUAGCCAUGGUCCAGGCAGCCAUGACUCUUCUAAAUGAUGUCUCUGAUCUUCCUAAAGUGGGUGGAGUCUUCACACCCGGAGCAGCUUUCUCGAGAACAAAGUUGAUUGACAGACUCAACGAACGUGGCAUUGAAUUUAGUGUCAUUAGCAGCACUGAAGUCUAAACAUUUUAAUAAUUAAUUGAAGUCAUAAGAUGUAUUAAUUAACAUCUUUUUAAUUUGAUAUGUUGAAAUGCUUCUUUAAACCUAUCUGACUAUAUGUGGAAAAGAUUGUCAAAUCUAAAAUAUGUAUACAUUAAAAAGCAGGAAAUUGUACUAGCUUACCCUAAAUUUCAAAUCUUAGCUGAUUUUUGUGAUUUUAUUGCUUUUGAGAGAAAACUUAAUAUUUGACUGACUUUUUCAUUGAAGAAUUCAUGGUCAUUUUUUAUAAGUGAGCUGGCAGAUCAGAGGAUGGGAUGGGUGGCUCUGUCUGUGUUGCUGACGCAUCCAGGCUGGUGGUCAUGUGAGAUAGUGGCUGCUGUUUUCCGUCAUAGUAUCAAAUGGGAUCUUACUUUCCCAUGAAUUUCUCUGUAUAGUGUAGGCCUUUGCCAAAUGAAGCUGCAGUUUUUGCUGUUUUAGCCUAGUUUUUCACCCAUCUACACUGACUGAUUUUGGACUCCUACCUAAGUUUAAUAAUAAAGGAUUGUCAAUUGAACAGUG